UCCUGAUGUGCUCGUGCUCAGAUAGAUGGAUGGAUAAAGUGAUUUGUUGAUGUGCUCCGAAACAAUCAACGUGUUGUACUCCAUCAGGAGGAGGAUUUCAUGUCAUGUGUCCUAGGCUCAUCUCACUAACUUAGUUAGCAAAACGUGCUACGAUGUAGUGGAACGCGGUGCUUCUUUUUACGUUAUCAUGGCGAAUUUAGGAAUUCCACUGGUGCUGGUCAAUUGGCUAGCGAUGUACAGAUGCUGUGAAGCUCUUCUGUGCAACUGCACCACUGUGCAGUGCGAGAGAGCAGGCUUCUGGUGCGAGACGGACGGAGCCUGCGUGGCCUCCAUGUCCCUCAUCGAUGGUCAAGAACGGCACGUUCGUACUUGCAUCACCAGAGACAAACUUGAACCUCCUGGACACCCCUUCUACUGUCUCGGUGCGGAGGGUCUUUACAACAUCCAUUGCUGCUACACUGACUACUGCAACAGCAUUGAUCUCAAAUUGCCAUCCGUGACCACCCAAUCGGGGCCCAAUGAAGGUUUAUGGCCCGGUGGGACGUGGGGACUGGUGGAAGUGGUCGCCGUGGUAGCGGGACCGCUGCUCCUACUUUGUCUGCUGCUGCUGCUGGGUGUCUUCGUUUGUCAGUACCAGCGGAGGGCCUGCGGCCACCGACAGAGGCUAGAGGUGGAAGACCCCUCCUGCGACCACCUCUACAUGCCCAACGACAGGAGCCUGCAGGACUUCAUUUACGAUCUGUCGACAUCUGGAUCUGGCUCAGGCUUGCCUCUCUUUGUCCAAAGGACUGUCGCCAGAACAAUUGUACUCCACGAAGUCAUCGGAAAGGGGCGCUUUGGCGAGGUGUGGCGAGGACGUUGGCGGGGGGGCGACGUGGCGGUGAAAAUCUUCUCCUCCAGAGAAGAACGGUCCUGGUUCCGUGAGGCUGAAAUCUAUCAGACCAUCAUGAUACGCCACGAGAAUAUCUUGGGCUUCAUCGCCGCUGACAACAAAGACAAUGGCACAUGGACUCAGCUCUGGUUGGUGUCAGACUACCACGAGUACGGCUCCCUGUUCGACUACCUGAACCGCUUCUCUGUCACUGCCGAAGGGAUGAUCAAACUGGCCGUGACCGCUGCCAGCGGUCUGGCGCAUCUGCACAUGGAGAUCCUCGGAACGCAAGGAAAACCGGGCAUCGCCCACCGAGACCUCAAGUCCAAAAACAUCCUUGUGAAGAAGAACUACACCUGUGCCAUUGCCGAUCUGGGUUUAGCUGUCCGUCACGACUCCGUCACAGACACCAUCGACAUCGCUCCGAACCAAAGAGUAGGAACCAAGAGAUACAUGGCCCCAGAGGUCCUGGACGACACAAUCAACAUGAGGCACUUCGACUCGUUCAAAUGUGCUGAUAUUUACGCUCUGGGGCUGGUCUACUGGGAGAUUGCGCGGCGCUGUAAUAGUGGAGGUAUCCUUGAGGAAUAUCAGCUGCCCUACUACGACCUGGUGCCCUCUGACCCUUCACUGGAAGACAUGAAAAAGGUGGUGUGUGACCAAAAGACGCGGCCCAACAUAUCAAACUGGUGGCAGAGCCAUGAGGCUUUGCGGGUUAUGGGCAAGAUAAUGAGGGAGUGUUGGUAUGCCAACGGCGCUGCCCGUUUGACUGCCCUCCGCAUCAAAAAGAGCUUGUCCCAGCUGAGUGUCAAAGAAGACAUUAAAGUCUGACCCGACAGCAUCCAAAGACAGGGACCGAGCUGGAUGGAAGUUCCACCUCCCGAAGUCAGCCUUCCUCAGGUGCACAAAGAAUCUGUGACACUUUGUGAACGACGACUGGAUAAACAGUAGUUUUGCAAGUUUUUCAAGGCACCUUGAUUCCUGACAAACCCUACCUCGCCUACCCAGAACCUGGUCUGGUUCCCCUUCUCCGCACCACUACAUGUAUCUCAGACCUUGCCCUGCUCUCGAAAGCAAUCAAUGACAGUGAAUGUAUUACAAUUUUUUUUUUUAAAAAGAAUGUUUUAGAGGAGUCCUAACAGAAGGUGAUGGGUGAUGUCAACGUUGCUCGGGGGCCCCAAAAAAACCAAAACUCAUCUGGUUCCAGGACAUGGGUCAUGUGUAACUGGAAACUGAAAAGGAUCGACUGUUGUUGUUUAUACACUGCCCACAACAUGACAACGUUUGAAAGAAAAAAAGAAAUAGCCCACAGGCUGCAAGUUGGUACAUUAUAGUUGAUCAGUGUUGUUGUUUUUUUGGGGGGGGUGCUAUUUAAGUGGAAUGCUACUUUCAAGACUCUAAUUCCCCGAAACGUGUUUUGUUUCAGGGAACAGAUGCACUUUUGUCUUUUGCUGUACUAAUUUUCUGUUAUUUAUAUUUGCCGACGACGGAACAACCCCAAAGGCCUCAUGUGCGUUACUACUGACCUCGUGCAUGGCUCACAAUCAUCUGUCACCGAUGUUUAUUUCAAACCUUUUGCAUCCCUGUUGUUGUUUGUAUGUUGAAGGUCCUUCGCCAUAAAAUGGACUGGCUCUUAA